AUGGGCAAAUCUUCCAAGGACAAGCGCGACGCGUACUAUCGUCUUGCCAAAGAACAAGGCUGGCGCGCUCGAUCAGCUUUCAAAUUGCUUCAGCUCGACGAAGAGUUCAACCUGUUCGAGGGAGUCACGCGCGUCGUGGACCUUUGCGCCGCGCCUGGCAGCUGGUCGCAAGUGCUCUCUCGCAUACUAAUCAAGGGCGAGAAGAUUGGCAGAUCUUCAUGGGAAGACAAGCGUUACCAUGAACUCCAGCGUCAGCACACAUCCGGCGGUCCGGAAGUCCCAUCGGUGCCAGUUCCCGAACCACCAGCGAACACGCCCCGGGAAGAUGUCAAGAUUGUGGCCAUCGACCUCCAGCCAAUGUCUCCUCUGGACGGCAUCAUAUGUCUCAAGGCCGAUAUCACGCACCCUUCCACCAUACCGCUGCUCCUCAAAGCUUUGGAGCCGAGCUAUGACCCGAAAAGCUCUUCAAUCGAGGCCUCUCAGCCCGUGGACCUGGUCAUCUCGGACGGCGCGCCAGACGUGACAGGCUUGCACGACUUGGAUAUCUACGUGCAAUCUCAGCUCUUGUGGGCGGCUCUGAACCUUGCGCUCUGUGUCUUGAAGCCUGGCGGCAGAUUUGUGGCGAAAAUUUUCCGCGGGAAAGACGUUGACCUGCUGUACGCUCAGCUCAAAGUUGUCUUCGAGGAUGUCACAGUGGCCAAGCCAAGGAGCAGCAGGGCCAGCAGCGUGGAAGCAUUCAUCGUCUGCACUAAUUUCAGACCACCAAAAGGCUUCAAAGCCAGUCUCGAGAACCCUCUCGGCUCCUCACGCAAGAUACAACCAGACACCGCAGAUAGCAAAGAGAACAAGCCGCCGAAUCGGAUUCUGCGUGAGGAUGGCAUCACCGAGGUACAUCUGGACACUGAUGGAGGCAUCGACGGCGAUGGCACAACCAGAUGGAUCGCACCUUUCUUGGCUUGUGGGGACUUGAGCGCAUUUGAUGCAGAUGCAAGCCAUAAGCUGCCAGAGGGCCACGUGAGCCUGGAUCCGGUACAGCCGCCGACCGCUCCCCCAUACCGGAUGGCUCUGGAAGAACGGAAGAAGAUGGGAGGCGCUUAUGGCAAGACCAAACUGGGCAAUGUUGGCUGA